UUCCCCCACCCUUGUAUUCAGUAGUCACCAACCUUUACUCAUCCAUAACCAUCGCUCCUCCAUCUCUCUGUUAGUUCUCUGCUUCCUCUCCUCAUUUGGCUCUCUAAUUCUUUAGCGACUGUUUUUCUGUUGAUUUCAGCAGUCCUUUCUUGUCUUUAUUUUCUUUUAUCUUGUUCUACUCUGAUUUCUUGGUUUAUUUUGUUUUUGCUCUGAGAUUUCAAAAAAAAAUCAAAAAAAUCAAAAAAAUCAAAAUGGUUCUCGAUAUCUUUAUCUCCAUCUUCACUGAGGUCAUUAAAGAACCCAUCAUGGAAUUUGUUGUCGUCCCAAUCAAACGACAUAUCAGCUACCCUUUCACCUACAAGAGCAAGGUUGAGAAACUCCAUCAUGAGUCUGAGAAAAUGAAGAACAGAACAGUCAAGUUGCAGCAAGCUGUUGAGGAGGCUACAAGGAAAGGGGAAGAGAUCUAUGAAAGUGUCAACAAGUGGCUGAACGAUGCAGGCAAAGCUAUUGAAGAAGCUGAGGAAUGUAUCAAAGGCGAAGAACAAGCGAAAAAGAGGUGUUUCGUUGGAUUAUGUCCUGAUUUGAAGACACGCUAUCAGCUUAGCAAGAAAGCAGAGAAGAAAGCUCUGGCAAUUCAUGAGCUUGCGAUUGAAGAAGACCAUAAUCCAAUUUCCUUCCUUCCCCCUCUACAGCAGAUAGUUGCCCCGUCAGUAUAUGCUCGUGAGGGCUUGAAUUCAAGAGAGUUGUUCUUGGAGAAAGUUAUGGAUGCACUAUUAGAUCCAGAUCUUAAUAUGAUCGGGGUGUAUGGACUUGGAGGUGUGGGUAAGACCACCCUAGCAAAACAGGUCCAUAGAAAAGCUAUAGAAGAGAAACUGUUCGACGUCGUGGCUAUGGUUGCUGUAAAUCAAACACCAGAACUCCGAAGAAUUCAAUCGGAGAUCGCUGAUAUCCUGGGCUUGAAAUUUGAUGUGGAGGAAAUACCUGGAAGAGCUAAUCGGCUAUAUGAGAGGUUGAAGAAAGAGUUGGAGAAAGAGAAGAAGAAGGUACUUAUAAUUCUUGAUGAUAUUUGGAAAAAACUUGAUUUAAAUGCAGUAGGAAUUCCCUUUGGAGAUGGUUUCAAAGGAUGCAAAAUACUUCUCACCUCAAGGAAACAAGAUGUGUUAUCUUGCGAGAUGGGCACACAGAAAGAAUUCAAGCUUGACGUUCUACAGGACGAAGAGGCCCGGAGUUUGUUUGAAAUAUCUGUAGCAGGUGCUAAAGAUUCGGAAUUGCCCCCUAUCGCCGCAGAAAUUGCUAAAAAGUGUGCAGGAUUGCCUCUUCUACUGCUCACAGUGGCGACAGACUUGAGAAAUAGAGAGUUAUACGCGUGGAAUGAUAAGCUGAAACGCUAUCCGAGUUUGACAACGAAGAAAUAUAUUCGAAAGUGCACGCGACUCUGGAGUCAAGCUACAAUAAUUUGUGUAGCAAUGAAGUCAAGUCGUUUUUCUUGCUUUGUGGUCUGUUAGGACAAUCUAAUAUUGCAAUCCAGUCCUUGCUGAAA